AUUUUCCUGAGGUGGUCACAUUACACUUUUCUGUGACUGUGGUUAACAAACAAAUAGAUUUAUUAGACAGAAAUCUCCGUUUUUUUCUUAAAAUUCUUGUUUUCUCGCAUUCAAGUGUUAUUAAUAUUUAUUGUGGUCGCAUAAUCAAGCAGAAAAACUGGAUCGAGAACAAUGAUGGACUCGGACUCGUCCGGUGCGGACUUCUGUAGAUUCUGUAGAUCUGAAGCUUCGUCCGAUCGACCCUUGUUUCAUCCUUGUAUAUGCACAGGCUCUAUAAAGUGGAUUCACCAGGAGUGUCUUGUACAAUGGAUGCGAUACUCGAGAAAGGAAAUAUGCGAACUGUGUGGACACCGGUUUUCAUUUAUGCCGAUUUACUCACCUGAUAUGCCGAGACGGUUACCACUCCGGGAUGUUGUCGGUGGUCUAGUAACGUCGGUUGCGUCUGCCGUGAAAGAUUGGUUACACUAUACGUUGGUUGCACUUGCCUGGCUCGGCAUAGUGCCUCUCACCGCCUGUCGUACUUACAGAUGCUUGUUCUCGGGGUCUCUGGACCCUGUGAUAUCACUACCGUUUGACAUAGUUUCAGCUGAGAAUCUAGCUAAAGAUGUUUUCUCCGGAUGCUUUGUUGUGACAUGUACUUUAUUUUCGUUUAUUGGUUUGGUCUGGUUGAGAGAGCAAAUUAUGCACGGUGGUGGUCCAGAUUGGAUGGAAAGAGAAAAUCUACCUGCCCCUGCGGCUGAAGAUAUACCUCUGCAAGAUAAUAACAAUGAUCAUGUCAAUGAGGGUGCAGGGGAUGAUGGUGGGGGACGAGAAGAGCCCAAUGGAGAAGCAGGUGAUGAUCCAUUAGUAGGGGAUGAGGCAAACUGGAAUCCUAUGGAAUGGGAUAGAGCAGCAGCUGAAGAGUUAACCUGGGCCCGUUUGCUUGGUCUGGAUGGAUCCAUGGUGUUUUUAGAACAUGUGUUCUGGGUUGUGUCUUUGAACACAUUGUUUAUUGUUGUGUUUGCAUUUUGCCCUUAUCACAUUGGCAAAUCAGGUGCUGCAUUAGCUGGAUUAAGUGCUGAAGGGCCAUUUGCUGGUCUCUUAACGGCUCUAGCUGGAUAUGUUAUUGUGGGGGCUAUACUGGCAAUCCUGCAUGGUUUGGCAUCCUUACUCAGGUUAAGAAGUGCAAAGAAGGCAUUAGGAUUUUGUUAUGUGGUUGUGAAAGUAGCACUGUUGUCUGUUAUUGAGAUUGGUGUAAUACCACUUGUCUGUGGAUGGUGGUUGGAUCUAUGUUCACUAUCAAUGUUCGAUGCCACCCUCAAGGACAGAGAAAUAAGUCUCCAUGCCGCACCCUGGACUCUCAUGUUCAUACACUGGCUCGUUGGCAUGGUCUAUGUGUACUACUUCGCAUCAUUCAUACUGUUACUAAGAGAAGUAUUAAGACCUGGAGUGCUGUGGUUUUUGAAGAAUUUGAAUGACCCUGAUUUUAGUCCUGUACAGGAGAUGAUCCAUCUGUCAGUGUGGUCUCAUAUACGUCGCCUCGUCGUGUCAGCGAUGGUGUUUGGUACAGCUGUUCUGUUUAUGCUGUGGUUGCCCAUCAGGGUUAUCAAAUACGUCCUGCCUGGGUUCCUGCCUUACGCUGUUGCCGUUCAUACUGAGGCACCGGUCAACGAACUCAGUUUAGAAUUAUUGUUGCUGCAGGUGAUCCUGCCGGCGCUGCUGGAGCAGUCGCACACGCGCACGUGGCUGAAGAGCGGGCUGCGCGCGUGGUUCGCGUGCGCGGCGGGCGCGCUGGGCCUGCGCUCGUACCUGCUGGGCGAGGCGGCGCGCGACAGCGACCCGCACCCCGCGCCGCACCCGCCGCACCCCGCGCCGCACCAGCUCGGCGCCGCGCACCAGGCGCUGAUGUGGCGUGACGGGCCGGCGGGCUUCGAGCCCUACGUGCGCGUGUCGUGGUUCCCGCUGCGGCUGGGCGCGCUGCUGGCGCUCGUGUCCGUGUCGCUGGUCAUGGCCAGCGCGCUCACCCUCGUAAUACCGGUAGCAAUAGGUAGAAAAGUGAUGGCGAUAUGGUUACCGAAAGCGUCUGAAGGCGUGCACGAACUCUACACGGCAGCUUGUGGCAUGUACGUGUGCUGGGCGGCGGGGCGCGGCGGCGCGCUGGCGGCGGGCUGGGCGCGCGGCGGGCGCGCGGCGCUGCUGGAGCGCGCGGCGCUGUGGGCGCGCCGGGCCGCGCGCGCCGCGCUGGCCGCGCUCGCGCUGCUCGGCCUCGUGCCGCUCAUGUUCGGCCUGCUGCUGGAGCUCGUGCUAGUGAUCCCGCUCCGAGUGCCGCUCGAGCAGUCGCCUGUGCUGUUCGUGUGGCAAGACUGGGCGUUGGGCGUGCUGUAUACGAAGAUAGUGUGCGCGCUCACCAUGAUGGGCCCGGACUGGAGCAUGAGACGCGCCAUUGAAAAAGCGUACAGAGACGGCAUCAGAGAAAUGGAUUUGAAGUUCAUCCUGCGCUCGGUGGCGGCGCCGCUGGUGCGCUGGCUGGGGCUGGCGCUGGCGGUGCCGUACGCGCUGGCGCACAGCGUGGCGCCGCUGCUGGUGAGCGCGCCGGCGCAGCGCAACCUGCUGGCGCGCCGCGUGUACCCCGCGCUGCUGCUGCUGGCGCUCUUCGCCGCGCUCGCGCUCUUCCAGAUUCGUCAGUUCAGAAAACUGUACGAGCAUAUAAAGAACGACAAAUACCUCGUGGGUCAAAGACUGGUCAACUACGACCAUCGGCGGCACAAACAACAACAACAACAGAGCACCGUUGCUUCGAGUAACUAGAAAGAGAUAGCAACAUUGAUGUGACCAAGCGUGUGACAGAGACAGCUACAUUCUUCUUCUAUGCUCUUGUGAUACUGUCAUGUGAAUUUUAGAAUAAGGUAGGACUUUUAGUCUAAUUAAACACGGCUUGAAGAGACUUUACUUUGGUCUUUUUUUUUUGUGAAUUAUAUGAUCGAAAAUGUGAUAAAGGAAUUAAUGAUUACGGUAUCAGGUAUGGUACUCCUUAUUGAACAGAUAAUAAAAACAAUAUUAAAUAUUGUUAAAAGUGACAUUAUUGCCUGCAAUUUUUAUUAUAUGAAAGGUUUUAAUCACAAUUUUUUCUUCCAUUUAUUGGUGUGCAAUAUUUUCGAAUUUAAAUGCAUCAUUACAAUUAACAAAUCGGUCCUAGUUGUGUAUCGGAAUAUUUGCGAGUCAUUCUUAUUUAUUCAAGUCACAAGAGCUAUGUAUUUUUAUAAAAGAUCAUAUCUCUUGGAAUUUUUUGAUAUUUAUUUAUGUAAUGUACUUUCUCUUUUGGCUUCCAUAUUUUUUAUGAUCAAAAUAUUGGAUUAUAUUACAAUUCCUAUAUAGUUAUUUAACAUUCGUAUCCAAAUAAAAAUAUACAUUUUGCAUUCAACAGUACAUACAAAUACUUAUUAUAAUUUUAUACUAUUCUUUUUAUUACAUAACUAAUUUGAGUAUUAAAUUCCUUAGAGAAUUUAAGUUUAAUUAUGGAAGUCAAUAUUUGUAGCAGGUAGAUGUGAAUGUCCUCAUACACGGAAAUUUAACGCAGUUGCUUUGUAUUUUGGGUAUUAAAAUAAAGUUUAUCACGAUCGUUUCUAAGAUAUUUUUAACCAUGAGCUAGAGUACAAAUGGAAUACCGGAAACCAACUAACAGAAUAUAGACCGUAUUCUUAUUUGCCUUAAGUAUAAAGUAAAAUGACGUGUCAGCGAGAUGUGCAUUAAUCGAUGAGGGUUGAUUUUAACGCGAGCUUUUCUUUUGGUAAGUUCAAAUAUAUCCAGGUAACUUGUGAAAAUUGAACCAAUGUAUCUAACAUGGAUUUUCAUUUAAAUUGAUAAAAUUGUUUAAAGUAUUUCACUAAGAAAAUGUCUUAAAAUCCAUUCCACGAGUCGAAUUCCCAGGAAAUAAAAUACUCGCACCUCAUUGGUCGAUAAGCACGAAUAUAGAGAAGCAAGACGAAUCCUGCAUAAAGCACAAUUCUAUGAAAUGAUUUGGGUAACGAAGGUCACAUGCAUUCACGCUCAUUACCCAAUGAGCACAGAAGGGAAAUUUCCUUUGGGAGUUCGUUUUGUGGGAUGGAGAAUAUAAUAUAGGUCUUUAGAGUAAAGUACAAUCAGUAACAUAAAUGCUUUAAUCGCUGAUUCGGAAAACUUCACAAAUCCGUCCCAUAAACUGUAACGCGUGCCCUAAUGCUACGUAAUAUAUGAACAGCACCACAAUUUAAAAGAAUUAAUAUCAUAAGCAAUCUCAAUAUGUCUUUGUAAAUUGAUGAUAGAUGUUUUCUUAAUGAUUUUGAAAAUUAAAAUUCUUUCAAAAUUGUACACCAUAUUAAUAUAUAGUCCAAUAUUUUGUUCUGUUGUUUUGUAAAAUAAAAAAUUAAAAAUCAUAAAUUUAAACUAUGUACUAAUUUUAAUAAAAAUCCAAUAAUGUUAAUUACAAUUUACUUUGCUAAUACGAAUUAAUAUUUCAACAACAUAUUCAGAAAACCCAAGAACACAACAUAUGGCACUGUUUUCUUGAAUUAAAUAAUUAAUUUGCUGGUCUGUCUUUCAUAUAUAAUUACUACGAGUUGAAUCUUUAAAAUUAUCUUAGUCUAAACUCAUAUUUCAUUCAUAAUGUUUAUUACAUGUAUUUAAACUUAAAACAUGUUUUGUCUUAGUCAUACAGUUAGUAGAACUAGUUUGAAAGAAAAAGACAACAUAUAUUUUAGUUUAUCGUGCUAAAUAGACGUUACUGAAUGAUAGGGUAAAUUCCAAACAUUAGAUAGUUUAAUUUUUUUAAAUUGUAUUUUAUAGUAAUGCUAUUUACGACUUUUUUUUAUCAUAAUUCAUCAAAACAAAAUCAGAUUGUGUGUAGGUUAAUGUUAAAAAUGAAAUCUUUGAUAUCACUUGAAGAAAUAAAUUAAUUUUGAAUUCCGUAGAUUUGUUAAGUAGUUUUAUUCUUUAUUUAUUAAUAUACUGCUCAAUAUUCUAUGAAUAAUUUCUUGUUCUGUUUGUAUUUUACUUAAGUCUUAUUAUCUUAAAUAUUUGCCAAAAUGUGUAGUAAUUUUAAAAGGCAUCUUCCUAACGAUGUGGCAACACCAUAGAUUUUAAAUUAAUUAAAUUUUUCUUCUGGCAUUACUUGAUAAUACAUUAUAAAUUUUAAAUAAAAGUGUUUUUAAAAUAGAAUAUAAAUAACGAAUGAAAUAAAUUAACUUUAUCCUUUCAUACGAUAUUGUUUAAGGUUAAAGAUGAUCUUGUAUAAGUAGCUUUGAUUUUAAUUUCUUGUGUUCUCAUUUACCGUUUUUUUAUAUUGCAUAUUGUAAAUGAAAAUAGAAUUGGUUGCGGACGAAGGCAUUGAUGUGGAUAAAUGAUUUGUAGAUGGAGAAAGUUAAUUUGUGAAUCAAUAAAAGGUUAUUGAAG